AUGGACAUCGACCCGCAAUUACAGCGCGCCCGCGACGGGAGGCCCCGAGUAUACACGCCAACAACCAUAGCCGCGGAUUACCCGGAGCCACCCUCACAUAUGCACGUAAUCUCAAACCCACACCGGGACCCGGCGGGCCCAUCAUCAUACAGCCACAGCCAGAGUCUAGGCGCCGAGCACGUCCCAACCAACCAAUCGCCAGACCCAAACGACGGACCGGGCGAUGCGAAACGUGCUCGCGCCUGCGAGCCCUGUCGCCAGCUCAAGGUCCGUUGUGACCCAGACCCCGAACACCCAGAUGGAUCAUGUAAGCGGUGCGCGAAAGCGCGGCGAACAUGUAUCGUUACUGCCCCGACGCGUAAGCGCCAGAAGAAGACUGAUAGUCGGGUUGCGGAGUUGGAGAGGAAGAUUGAUGCUCUGACGGCGACGUUGCAGACGUCUCAUGCGACUGGAUCGUUAUUUGCGGGGUCUGGGUCUAGGGCUGGGUCUGCAGCGACGACGCAGCGUUCGCCGUCUUUGGAUGAUCACCCUGCGACUAGUCGGCGGUGGCUUUCUGGGUCUGGGGAGUCGACUUUGGCGGGGACGAAGCGGGGCCAUGGUGGUGAGGCGAAGGAGUCUGCUGGAGGUGGGCUUCUCGGACCGCGGUAUUCCAGGCCUGGGAGUCCAUCUGCUGAGCAGAUUUCUCAGCCGGCUUCGAAGCAGUGGCGACGACCUGUUGAUGCGGCGAAACAUGAGACUGCGAGUGAGUUUGUUGAUAUGAUUGAUCGCGGUGUGAUUGAUUUGAAAAGUGCCACUUCGGCUUUUGAGCGGUAUAUUUAUCAGAUGGCUCCGGAGUUUCCGUUUGUGAUUUUCCCUCCUGGGACGGGUAUGGCUGACGUGAGGCGGACGAAGCCGUUUCUGUUUCUUGCUAUUAUGGCUAUUGCUGUUGGGACAUUUAAUCCUGAGGCACAGAUGACGCUCAUUAAUGAACACUACCGUUCGAUUGCUGAGGAGGUUGUUGUCAAGGGACACAAGACUUUGGAGUUGCUUCAAGCUAUUAUGGUUGGUACUAUCUGGUAUUUGCCGCCGGACAAUUUCGAUGAGAUCAAGUUCUACACGAUGACGCAGAUGGCUGUGGCUAUGGCAAUGGAACUUGGUAUGAAUCGUCGGUUGUCUGUGAAUAAGAAGGGGUUCAAUAUGAUCCGUGAUUUGAUUAUCAAAAAGCCAUCGGGUCCGGCGUUUGAUCCCGAAGGACCGGAGGCGAGGAGGACUUGGGUUGGGUGCUAUUAUCUCUCCGUCCAAAUGGCCGCCGCUUUGAGGCGAGUGCAUCUUGUCACUUGGCAACCAUAUAUGGAUGAAUGUCUUGAAAUCCUGGAUAAUCAUCCAGAUGCUCUACCUUCUGACCGGAACUUGAAGUGGUGGGCAAGACUGGGAAAUAUCAUGGAAGACGCUGGUGUACGCUUCUCUUCGGAUGACGUUGGCUCUAUUGUCACAUUUGCGGAUAGUAGGGCCUGGCAUGAGAUCAAGGCGUUUGAGAAUCGGCUAUCGCGGUGGAGAGCUGAGGUACCACGCGAAGUCUAUACUGGACCGAUGAUUCAUACUGAGAGUGUUUUGAGUAUCUUUAUACACGAAUCAGUCAUGAGUUUGGACUAUAACACGGUGAACAACUCACCGCAUGACUUGCCAAGUGCAUCUGUGGCUGCUGUCAUCGAUGCUCUAACAUCCACAAUACGCUCCAUCCACCAGAGUCUCGACAUAAUCUCCUCAAUUGAGAUUGACCGGCUCAUUUCUCUGCCUACAUCGUCUAUAGCUCGAACAUCAUAUCCAGUGGUCGGCUUGAUCAAGAUCUACUCUCUCUACAUGUCACCAGACAGCCGCAUAGGCCAGAUCCUCGACGUGCAAAGCCUCAAACUGGACUACUAUCUCGACAAAGUGAUAGCACAGUAUCGCGCCGGCGCAGCGCGCGAUGGAGGUCGUGUACUAGCCAAAUUCGGAAACAUCCUGGUCCUACUCCGCAAUUGGUUCGUCAAAAAACGAGACCAAGGAGAUCACGGUCAAGAAUUGAAAGAACUAUUCUCAGCCGGCAAUCAACCCUCGCAGCCACGACAGCAGAUGGCACCAGGCAUGACACCGCUCCACUUCCUAAGCGAAGUAGCAAUGGGCGACCCAGCCAACAGACCCUCAACUCAAAAUCCCCAACGACAGGUAUACCCAACAGACCAAAGUCCGGAAAGAACGCAAACCCCAUCAUCGAACAGUUAUCCCGACCCAGCGCUUCAGGCAAAGAGACCAACACCCCCUACACCCUGGCCAUCCUACCAAGCCCAAACCACCCUCUCAGCUACAGACCCAACCCUCGAAUCAAGAUCCUACUAUCAACCCUAUUCCCAAACGGAACAACCACAAUCAUACCCCGAUAUCCAGACCACCGUGACGCAGGGAUACCCCGAUGUGUCAGUAGCAGGAAUGCAACUGGCACCACCGAUGGGAAUGGCUGAGGUUGGUGUCAAUGCUGGAGCUGGAUUUGGGGAUCCUUACUACACGUUGAAUAAUAUGAUUGAUGAGGGAUUAUUCACAUUCCCGCUUUCUUUUGAUGGAAAUUUUGGUUUCUUUUAG